CUCUCUCUCUCAAGCAAUAUAAACAAGAACCAGUAGCGGAAGAGGCAGAGAUCUGAGCGGAGCUAGACAUGGACAUAAACAACUCACAAGACAUCCGUGAGACUGCCCUCUCCCUCGGGCUGGGCGUCGGUCCGACGACAACAACAUCGGCCGAACAUCUCCGGCCACGAGAGCCGUGCUCGCCUCUCACGAACUUGGCCUCCGACCAGCCAUCCCUCGCCUUAAGCCUCUCCACCGAUGCCUACGCUGAAACUGCCAAAGCAAAAGAGGAGUCUCGGCCGGCGCCGGCGUCGUCUUCUCGUAGCGCGGUUUCGUCCUUCUCCUCUCCGCAUGCGACGAUCGUUUUGAGGGAGAAGGAUGUCGGAAGCGACGAAGCGGAGGAGGACGAGGAGGACAACGGAUGUGUCAGGAAGAAACUUAGGCUCACGAAGGAGCAGUCCGCCAUGUUGGAGAACAGGUUCAAGGAGCACACCUCCCUUAAUCCUAAACAAAAACAAGCCUUGGCCAAGCAGCUAAAUCUCCGGCCGCGGCAAGUGGAAGUAUGGUUCCAGAACAGGAGAGCAAGGACGAAGCUCAAGCAGACGGAGGUGGAUUGCGAGAUCCUCAGGAGGUGCUACGAGAAGCUGACCGCGGAGAACCAGAGGCUACGGAAGGAGUUGCAGGAGAUGAAGUCUCUCAGAUUCUCAGCGCCGUCGCCGCUGUACAUGCAGAUCCCGGCGGCCACCCUCGCGCUGUGCCCGUCCUGCCAGAGGAUUAAUGGCUCCGAAGCUGGCAGUGAUGCAGCACCGAAGCCUGGUCUCUUCCUUAAUCCCAUCACACAUCCAGCUCCAUGUUAACGUACUUCAGAAACCCACAACCUCUCUUUUUUUCCUGGGGAUUGUGAGUUACCUUUCAGCUGCUCUGGGUUGAAUUAUGUCAUCUAAAUGCUUGUUUAAUCUAUACGACUCUGUGUGUGUGUGUGUGUGAUCUGUUAGUGAAUCCAAUUCUCAUGAUCAUUUUUAAUA